ACUUUGUGUCCUGGUAACCCACAUACCAUGUGUGUGCAUGUCAACAUUUCCCAAAGCAAGGGCAUUGAUGGAAAAGUCUUUCACCUGCGGUCUCUAUUUACAUGGAUAACAGUGUUUCCCCACAUGAGGUCCCUGGACUCCUCCUUGACGUGUCUGUACCUUUACCUGGCCUCAGCUACUCUGUCAGCUCCUCUGAUGGUACAGCCUGCCUGUGCUGCUGCCGCUGCUGGGACACAAACACAGACAAGCUGCGAGUACUAGCACACGCCACAAACACAGAGACAGAAGGAGAUCAGGCUGCCAGGCAGGCAGAAGGACAGUCGGACUGAGGGAAACGCACACCACCAUGGGAUGCUGCAGCAGAAGGUGCGGGCUGAUAGCCGGAGCUGUGUUUGGGGCGGUGGUAGCCACCGUGGGAGUCAUCCUUAUCCCAGUGGGGAACAGCAUCAUUAAGAAGACAGUGGAGAAGGAAGCCGUCAUUGAGCCUGGAACGACAGCUUAUGACAACUGGGUGUCCGCAGGAGCGGCGGUGUACAGACAGUUCUGGUUCUUUGACGUGGCAAACCCGAUGGAGGUUUUGCAGCAUGGCGCAAUUCCAAUGGUAUUAGAAAAAGGACCUUACACGUAUAGGACAAGAUAUCUUCCCAAAGAGAACAUCACAUUCCACGCUGAUCAAACUGUCUCCUUCCUGGUGCCCCUGGGCGCCAUCUUUGAGCCAUCCAUGUCAGUGGGAUCAGAGGAAGACGAGGUCACCUCCCUCAACCUGGCUGUGGCUGGUGGCUAUACAGUAUUUCAGGAUCAUCAUAUUUUGGAGAUGCUAAUACAAUUAAGCAAGUCCUCCCUGUUCCAGCGGCGUACAGUCAAGGAACUGCUGUGGGGUUACACAGACCCCCUACUGAAAAUACCAAUGGGCCUAUUUGUACCUUACAAUGGUACCUAUGAUGGCAGCUACACUGUCAACAGUGGAAAGGAGGACAUCUCAAAGGUGGGAAAAAUUGAGAAGUGGAAGGGAGAAAGGACUUUACCUUUCUGGAACAACACGUACUGUGACAUGCUCAAUGGGACAGAUGCUUCAUCGUUCCGUCCCUUUGUGGACAAGAGCAAGGAUCUCUAUUUCUUCUCAUCAGAUAUCUGCAGAUCUGUGUCAGCUGGCUUUGAGGAGAGCCUAGAUCUGAAAGGGAUUGAAGUAUACCGCUACACCUUGCAGCCAAACAUCCUGGCCGCACCUUCUGUCAACCCAGACAACCAGUGUUACUGCACAGAUCCGGUGGUCACCAAGAACUGCACCAUGGCUGGAGUACUGGACAUCAGCACCUGUACAGGAAAUAAACCCAUCUACAUCUCUCUGCCCCACUUCCUGUAUGGCAAUGCCGAACUGCAUGAGAAUGUGCAGGGCCUCCAUCCCAACGAGGAGCAUCAUUUCACCUACCUGGAUGUGGAACCUACAACUGGGUUCACCUUGAGGUUUGCCAAGAGAAUUCAAGUGAAUAUGAUGUAUGGACCAUCACAGAUCAUCACGGUGUUAAAGAAAGUCAAGGAUUAUACCAUAUUCCCCAUUGUUUGGAUGAAUGAGACGGCUGCACUGGAUGAUGAAACGGCAGACAUGUUUAAGAAGGAGCUCUUCUCCCGCAUGGAUAUGUUGAAGACAAUUCAGUGGACACUGCUGGGCAUAGGUCUGGCCAUCUUCAUCCCGUGUCUCAUUAGCUGCUUGGUGUGCAGGAAUUCUCAGCGCUCUCAACAAAAGUAUGGGUGAAGUGAAUCAUGUCGAAGAGUCUGCUGUGUGUGAAUCGCAGGGCAUAGUGUAUUUAAGCUGCUAUGGGACAUCAAACCAAUUUCAUAUAGACUUGCACUUUUUUGUAAUUUCAGUGUUAUUUAUAAUAUCGUACCUCCUUUGAUAUGGGGGGAAAUACUGUGAUUUUGUAAAGCUCAAGAGCUGAAUUACUUUGCCAAGUAUCGAUUUAAUUGCAAUCACCCUAACUUUAACUCGGUCAGGGAUUUCUCGAGGGAGCGCAAAUGGAGACUCCUCUUAACUGUCAGGCUAUCAAUCCGCACUGAGCAGAAAUGACUUUGCUUGACAUCCUAUAAAAUAAAAUGUACAUGAAUCUAAUAACUUAUCGUAUCUUUUGCUGAACUGUGUUGAGAACAAAUACAAAAGCUGAAAAGGAGAUUUUCAUUUGGUGUCUUAAUUCUUGCAUUAGGUUGUUCAAAACCGGCUAGCGUUCCCGUCCGUAGUUUGUUGCGCUGCUGGAACAAACCUCCGCAUUGUGCACACUGCAGCAAAAUGAUUUGCUUUCCUCUUUGCAUUGAGUGGCCCAUAAAUCAAAAAGAGUAGUAAAAAUGAACUUGGGUAUGAUAUUGCUGUGGUUAUGAAUGGUUUGCUUGGUGAGAAAGCAGGAUUUAUGCCCAGCAGGAAGCCUCUCUUCGAUUUUAUGGGUUUUAAAUGACUCUCGGCAGCCCCCUGAGUGUCUUUUAUUUUACUAUUUGGCCUGAAUUUAACAUGUCACACAUAUAAGGGGGUUCUUCACUGUGAUUAAAGCAAGCAAGUCUUACACAUUUUCCUUGAGAUGGCGCAAUUUGGAAACUUGGGGUAUCUCAGGUACCACCAGCCUUUGAAAUUCAGGACGGAAGUUUGAAAAGCUGGACUUUCUUAAGCAUCUGCUGUCAAAAUUCACACACUGUGAUAAUCUUCUGAGAAAUAGUUUUGGAAAAUACGCUCAUUCACUUGAUUUGUCACAAGCCAGAUGAGGAGAUCAAUAUCACUCCUUAUGGUAAAAAGGAAGCUACGGUCAUUAGCAUGUUAGCUAAGCAAAAAGAUGUGGAAACAUAACCCUCAAUAAAACCAAAACUAGUUUUU